AUGUCUGAAGAUCUCUCGAGCAAAUACGUCCUCCAGACCGCUGGCUUCGACGCCCGGUUCCCCAACACCAACCAGACCCGUCACUGCUUCCAGAACUACACGGACUACUUCAAGUGCAUCGCCGCCAAGGGCGAGGACUUCGCCCCGUGCAAGCAGUUCAAGAGGGCGUACAACUCGCUCUGCCCCAAUGAAUGGAUCACGAAGUGGGACGAGCAGCGCGAGAACGGCACCUUCCCCGCCAGUUUGGAGCCCUGA